AUGCCAAAAAUUUUAUUAUUACAUGGAUACAUGCAAAGUGAUACCAUUGUAUCAGCCAAAACUGGUGCUUUACGUAAAGCCCUUAAAAAAAUGGGAUAUCAAGUCUUUACACCAUGUGGACAAUACCCAGUUUAUUCAGAAGAUGUUAUCCAAGAUGAAAUUAUGGAAAAGGAUCCUGAAAUUACUACAAAUAAAUAUGGUUGGUGGAAAAAAUCAAAGGGUGAAAAUCCGUUAAGUUCAUACAAAAUCUCUAGUGACACAUUUAAAUAUUUACAUGAUUAUCUGCUACAAAAUGGCCCAUUUGAAGGGAUUGCAGGGUUUUCUCAAGGUGGUGGGCUUGCUGGUUAUUUAGCUACUGAUGUUCCAGGGUUACUAGAUUUACCUAAAUCUUUCACCCCAUCGUUCAUGUUAAUAUUUAGUGGGUUUAGAUUAGAGCCCGAACAACUAGUUAAACAAUAUAAAACGUCACCCAUCACUAUACCUUCUUUACAUAUAUUAGGUGAAAUGGAUACUGUCGUUGAUGAAAAUAGAUCCUUGAAGCUAUAUGAUGAAUGCCCUGAUGAUUUAAAGACUUUAUUAAGACAUUCUGGCGGACAUGUUGUGCCAAACUCCAAAAUUUAUGUACAACAGAUGUGUGCUUGGAUUAGUGCUAAUACUGAUGGUUCAAGCUUACCUCCUUCUUUAUUAAAUUCCAACAGUGUUAGUACAACAACAUUAAAUUCCACUGAAAACAACAACAAAGCUACUCAAUCUACGACUGAUUCCAAGAAAGAUCUCAAAAAACCAGAUUUAGACCAAGAUCUUUUAGAUAUGAUCGAUGGCCUAGGGAAGAUAUGA